AUGGGGCAAUAUCGGGAGACGUAUUUGGUUGCCCCGACUGGAGGUGGUGGUGCUGCUAGUGACAUCAGGAGCUGUGUCCCAUGGCCGGCCACCCUGGGGCGCCUGCUGCUGUGGGGGCUUUCCCUCACCCGGGCCUUGCUCUCUCCCCAGGUAAGCGGCAUUAAGACGCUGUACGAAUCGGAGCUGGCCGAUGCCCGCCGAGUGCUGGAUGAGACAGCCCGGGAGCGGGCCCGGCUGCAGAUCGAAAUAGGGAAACUCAGGUCUGAGGUGGAAGAGGCCAACAAAAGCUCCAAGAAGAGGGAUGGUGAGCUCACGGUGGCCCAGGGCCGCGUGAAGGAACUGGAGUCCCUAUUCCACCGGAGUGAGGCGGAGCUGGCCGCUGCCCUCAGUGAUAAGCACAGCCUCGAGAGUGAUGUGGCCGAGCUUCGGGCCCAGCUGGCCAAGGCAGAGGACGGUCAUGCAGUGGCCAAGAAGCAGCUGGAGAAGGAGACGCUGAUGCGCGUGGACCUGGAGAACCGCUGUCAGAGCCUGCAGGAGGAGCUCGACUUCCGCAAGAGCGUCUUCGAGGAGGAGGUGCGGGAGACACGCCGGCAGCAUGAGCGGCACCUAGUGGAGGUGGACAGCGGCCGGCAGCAGGAGUACGACUUCAAGAUGGCACAGGCACUGGAGGAGCUGCGAAGCCAGCACGACGAGCAAGUGCGGCUCUACAAGCUGGAGCUGGAGCAGGCCUACCAGGCCAAGCUGGACAAUGCCAAGCUGUGCUCUGACCAGAAUGAUAAGGCCGCCAGCGCUGCCCGUGAGGAGCUGAAGGAGGCACGCAUGCGAGUUGAGUCCCUCAGCUACCAGCUUUCCAGCCUCCAGAAGCAGGCUAGUGCAGCUGAGGACCGGAUCCGGGAGCUGGAGGAGGCCAUGGCCGGGGAGCGUGACAGGUUCCGGAAGAUGCUGGAUGCUAAGGAGCUGGAGAUGACGGAAAUGCGAGAUGUGAUGCAGCAGCAGCUGGCCGAGUACCAGGAGCUGCUGGACGUCAAGCUGGCUCUGGACAUGGAGAUCAGCGCCUACCGCAAGCUGCUGGAGGGCGAGGAGGAGAGGCUGAAGCUUUCCCCCAGCCCAUCGUCACGGGUCACCAUCUCAAGGGCCACCUCGAGCAGCGGCAGCAGUGUGUCCAUGAUGGGACGCUCUGGCCGCAGCAAGCGGAGGCGGCUAGAGACAGAGGAGCCACCGGGCACAGGCUCCAGUGGCAUCAGCUUGGGCAGCGGCAGCAGCAGCAGCAGCAGCUUCCACCUGGCCCAGCAGGCCUCAGCCUCGGGCAGCGUUAGCAUUGAGGAGAUCGACCUGGAGGGCAAGUUUGUGCAGCUGAAGAACAGCUCCGACAAGGACCAGUCUCUGGGGAACUGGAGGAUCAAGAGGCAGGUGCUAGAAGGGGAGGAGAUUGCCUACAAGUUCACACCUAAGUAUGUGCUCCGGGCUGGCCAGACUGUCACGGUGUGGGCAGCUGGUGCAGGGGUGGCCCACAGCCCCCCAUCGACACUUGUGUGGAAGAGUCAGAACAGCUGGGGGACAGGCGAGAGCUUCCGGACUGUCCUGGUCAACGCCGAUGGGGAGGAAGUGGCCAUCAGAACGGUGAAACAGUCCUCGGUGGUGCGGGAGACCGAGAACGGGGAGGAGGGAGAAGAAGAGGGAGCCGAGUUUGGCGAGGAGGAUCUUUUCCAUCAGCAGGGGGACCCGAGGACCACCUCGAGAGGCUGCCGCGUGAUGUGAACGGAACACGCCUCACCACAUCUUUCCCCAGAGCCACUGAAGACUAUUUUUAUAUCAUUGGCUUUCUUCAGUCCUUCACACAUUUCUAGAGCAUUUUUAAGCAAACUGCCAGAUGUGGGGUGGGUCUGUUCUGUUCUGUCAGUGGGUUUCUAUGGGCCCUCCCUCCAACCACUGUCCAGGUGUCUUUCGGUGCCCGUUUCCCGUGGGUUGAACUCCAGGCCCAGGAACCUACUGGCUGAUGGGUUUGGUCUUGGAGGCUGGAGGGGCCCACGUACUGCCCCUCCCUCCCCAGUCUAACGGGACGGCAGAGAAGCCGCAGGGAUUCAGUAGGUGUCCUUUGUGUUAUUAAGCUUUUAAAAACCAAAAUCAGAGACCAGGUUCCUGCCUGGUGGGAUAGGGGUGUCCCCAGUGGGUUUGGUGGCUCUGCCCACCAGAACAUGGUGUGGGAGCUCUUGGGAGUCACAGGUUUUACUGUCCGCCUGGCUUCAGGGUUGUUGCAGCUCCUGCUCUGAAGGUGUUGAGUGGCAGCAGGGUUUUCCGCCGGUGUCAAUCAGGGCACCGUUGGGUGGGGGCUCCUCGUUCCCAUGACGGCUGCCAAACCAGACCAGUAGGACAGGAGAGGAGGAAACCUGGGGCAGGAGCACUUCCAACCCAAGACGCAACCAGGUCCAGUGAGGGCCCAGGGUGAACCUCGGCAGCACACGCCUCAGGUUCUAGAACCAGGUCCACGUGUAACCACUUCGUGCCUCCUGUCACGAAGACACUGACUUCAGGGUGAGCCCCUGGAUGCACCCCCAAAUACACCUCGUGCCGGGGCUGAAUGCCAGCCUCCCGCCUCCAUAUAUAUAUAUAUAUAUAUGGUGACCCCAAAAAAUGUAUACACACACUUUGAAUAAUUAUAAAGGCAGUGUUUAUUAAAACACAUUUCAUUUUCAAAAUUGAGCUAUCAGCUAUUACAGUGUGUACAUUUUUUGUGGACGCACUGUAUUCUGCACAUAUAUCACUGUUCUUGCUUCUAUCUGUAACUCUUGCGGAAAUUAUGUUACUCAGGCCACUGCCAGCUGACCCCUUUAGGGUGGUUCCAUGUCACAGGCUAGCUUCUGGCUGCCCAGUGACCCUCUCUGCAUUAGCCUACCGUUUACAGCCCCCACCUAGAUACACAGAAGUUAUUUUUUUAAUGGAUAUUUAUUUUUUUACAUUGGUCAGUACUCAGAUUGCCGAUCCUGCUUCCAUGGCUCAGGCCAGUCAUGGGGACAGCCCCCAGGGAGCCUGUCCGUGAGCUCUGAGCCCGCAGAUGGCACACUUCUUCAGAAAGGGCAGCUCAAGUCUUACUUAAACACUCGCUAUGAGCCAGGGCGGCGUGCUGCCUGGGCAGCAGUCUCAGAGCACCCAGUGGCUGGCCCUGCGGGUCCCCUGGCUGGGAGAAGCACACCUGCCCAUUUGCCCUGCACACACCCCCAGGCCUGGCUUUCCUUGGGAAUUGCUUACAGUGAGGAGGUGGAGCCCCAGUGGCUGACAACCUAAAUGUGCUGUUGUGUUGAGUUCACCCAUAGCCCUCGCUUUACAUCUGGGUCCUCCCCAUGGCCACCCUACGUUCCCAGGCCUAGGAGGGAAGGGUGUCACCAGGACUCAAAGAAGGGUCUGGUGGGCCCCAGAGAGCUUGCCCGCCUGGCAGUGCAGCACCCUGUACCCCACCCGAACCUCUCCUGGGAGUGCUUGCAGGGCUCCUGGGGCUGAAGGUUGUGUGCACCCCCCACCCCAGACAAAAGAGGCACUGACAUCCAGUGACAUUUUGGGGGAAUCUGGGAGAUCAAAACUGGGUCCUUGAAUUUGGGUCUGGUUUGCUAACAGUCAUUCUCAGUUACAAGCUCAUGGACAGAAAGGGAGAGCCCCUCCCCCCCAGUGCUUGGCAGAGGCCUUGGGUGGAGCUGGGAAGUGGUCCAGGCCACCAGGGGGGAGGGUCAUCUGGACCCGGGGGUGACACUCACCAGUAAUCAAGUGUUUGGAACCAUGGAGCAGAAAUCAGUGUGAAAUUGCUGCCAUGGCCUGGGAAACAGUGCACGUGUCCUUAAACAAGCUGAGCUUUAAGCCACUUACAAUGAUGCAGAAGUGAGUCCUCCGUCUGAGCCCUUGUCAUGUGACUGAACCCAGCAUUGUUCCCAGAGAAAACCAGACCGGCCCCCAGCAGCGGCGAGGGGGCGGCCUGCAGGGAGGUGUCUGCGAGGGCACUAGUCCAGAGCCCAGCCUGGGCGCCCACCCAGGACAUGGCCACUCAGCUAGUUUCCUAGCGGAGACUCGUACAGCGGCCCCUGCAGUUGUGUUCACAUUAGCAUACCCACAGGGCUAACCUUCCCCAGCAGAGCUGCUCACCAGGUUUCCCGUCCAACCCGACACCUCAGCACAACUAGCAGUGGAGGAGGCUUCCAGAACUGCGGGGGGGGGGGGGGGGGGGGUCUGCACUUUCAUUUCAGAUGUAUUGGUGGUUUUUAAGGUGCAUGCCAAAUGUGUGGUCUUUUUUUUUUUUUCCCCUCCAAUGCUUUGUAAUAUACAUUUUCUGACUGGAAACGUUUUUGUACAACACUCCAAUAAACAUUUUGCUUUUAA